UCAUGUCUAUCUCGGAAACGCCGCGUCUGUUCCCGUCGCAGCAUCCCACUUCAGUCAGAGUCGUCCGGUGCCUGACGCCGGCCGCACGCGCGUUUCUCCCGUGUCCCGUGCCGUGUCGCGUGUGUUGUGUCAACCGGAACGUCUAACUGACUCCAACACGGCGAGGUUUGAAUUCGGAAUGACAUUCGAACAAAACUAGAUUCAAUUUAAAAAAUUUGAAAAUCAAAAAAGCCGCUCUUGAAACAAGUCUACAUUUCAAUUUCGGCACCGACUGAGUGAACUCCAUUGCCUUUUUUAAAAAUGCUUCGUUAUUGGCUAUGCUUUGCUAGUGCUGUGUGUUUGGCGGGACAUUGUGGCGCGAAUUAUUGUAGGGAUUCCAAUCUGUGUUGUCCAGGAAGGGACAGUUCUUGUGUAGUACAGAAGGCCCAUCAGAACGCUAUUAUAGAAGAUUUGACGGAUAAACCUUGUUACUGCGACCACGCUUGCCUGAAGCUCGGCGAUUGCUGUCCGGAUUUCAGAGAAACAUGUGGAGUGAUAGACUGUGUGGUCUCCAGCUGGGGUCCGUGGUCUGAUUGCGACACGAAAUGCGGCUCAGGGAGCAUGGUGAGAAGUCGCAGAGUAGUCCAGGCUCCAGCACACGGUGGAAGACACUGUCCCAUCCUGAUACAGCGCAGAGCGUGUCAGGAACACCAUGGCUGUUCGCCUGAUAGUGAUGUACCACUCAGAGAUGAAACAGCCAUGAUCCUGCCAGGCAGUUUGUCAGUCAGUCGGCACUCCAACGAGACGGUGGACAUCCGCAAGAACCUUCGUCUACGGAACCCUGACGAUCCCGAGUCCAACGCACAUAGAGAGUACUGCAUCCAGUUUGAGGUGACGAAGGUGUCUAAGGCUUGCCACGCUGAUUCCGACUACAAAUCGCUUCGGGAAGGCGCGACGGUUUGUCUCCUCUGCGAAGCGGCGGCGCUACGGCGGGACUUGAAAUGGCGCUGCGCGGGACACGGUGUCCCGGGACACACGACCCGUUUCUACGCGCUUGUGGCGCCACACUGCCAUGGAAAGUGGAUUCGCGCUGACCACACGCUCGACAAGAAGUCUGAAUGCUGCUCCAACCCUGAUUUCAUCUUUGUUUAAUUUUAAACUUGAUAAAGAAUAUUACUGUGGUAUUAUCACGACAGAUUCCAACUCUAGAGGUCUUCAUUCAAGUAUAGGUGUUUCUCAGCGUAACGACCGCUCCGGCGGCGCUGUCAUUACAAUUUUUCAAAUUUUAACAAAGACGAGAAUUAGUUUUUCUAUCCGACUUUAAAAUAGUUAAUCUCAAUUUUAAUGUAAUGUCAAUUUUAUGUAUGACUCAUAUCAUGGAAAUGGUUCAUUGCUUUUAAAAAAUCGAUUGUCGGUCGGAGCUGUCGCAACCCUCUGAGAACCACCUAAAGCACCGAAGGGGGUUUUUUGUUUGUUUAUGAUGGUUGAUGGAUUCAGGAAGGUUAUUAUCGUCCUUGAUCUCGUAAAAAAAUGCUGUUUAGAUGUUUUUAAUGACAUGAAGAGCUGGAAAGGAGAUAGUUGCCAACGUUGGUAUAAAAAAUCUAAAAUUUUGCUUACGUAAUACUUUAAUGACCUCUUAAAAUAGGAUGUAAAAGCAGCAUAUUUCGACAUGACUUUGACAUUGAAUAUGUUAAAAUAUGUCUUCCAAGCAUAACAAAUGUUAUUGAUUUGUGCACCAUGAGGACGGGUUUUCACUAUGCCGCCGUUUGCGUCAAGUAUUUUUUUAUUAUUUCCACAGAUAUAAUAACAACAAGUUCUUAUAUCUGUGAUUAUUCCUUAAAUUGUAUUUAUCAUAUUGCUCAGUGUUCAGUCGCGCUUCGUUGCAACGAUGCAAGACGUUGCCGUUCCGUUGUUUUCCAUUACCGUGCGUUAACGUCGUAACUCCAUAUAAUUUCGACGACAACGGAGCAUUGGGCCAUGGCUCAUUCUAAAGUCUUGUUGUAACAAUUGCAAUUAAAUUUAAAUCAAUAAUGUAAAUAUUUAUCAAUAUUUGUUCUCAAUGUAACCUAAAAAAAGUAAGUAAAGUAAGCUUCAAAUAACUUAAUUUUUUACAAUAGUUUUCUUUCUAAUGUAAGUAUAGACCAGUGUCUUCUUUAACAUAUUUUGUGUUUUUAAUGGCAAAUAAACUUUAUUGAUUAUUAUUAUUAUACAGGGUGUUACGAAACACAUAUAUACAAAUAAAAAUAAAGAAGAUACGGUAUUUUGUGUAAGUCCUUUAUGCAGACGUCAGUUGCGACCGCUAAAACGAAUAAGAGAACUUUACGACCUUUUUUAUUAGAUGUGUUGUUGAAGAGCUGUGGUGGUCAAGUGUUCACGACCGUCCGCUAGCGAUCGAAAGGUCCCAGGCUCGAAUCCUAUUCGUGCCUCAUCAGUUUGUAUUAUCAAUCUGAGGCGUGUAUAGUCAUUGACCACCACUUGCUUCUCGUGAAGGAAAACAUCGUGACAAAUAAAUUUACUGGUGUGUAAUCGACUACUGCGACUAGAUGUCGGUAAGUAGUUGUUAAAGUCACGUCAGAUGUCUUUAGGCGAGUUGAAUAAACUCUGACUCCGCAGCGUUAUCAUUUGAAUUCUUGAUAUUUUUCAUUAAGAAUUUUCCCAAGACACAGUUUUCCAAGCAAUUCGUAUAUGUAUAUGAAUAUAUUUUAUAACACCAUGAACCAUAAAAAUAACUUAACAGUUUAGGUAUACUAGGUAUAAGCACUAGUGUAAUUUUUAUAAUAUUUAAAUAUAAGACAGUAUAACAUAAUGAUAGUGAGUGACAUAUCCACGAACGACUUAAACGUGUAAAUAAAAAUGUUGAGUUAAGUAAUACACACUUGAAAACAUU